UUACCCAUGUCUCACGCCUCUGUCCCAUUAUUCCCACGCCUUGUUUUGUCAUCGAGGCAGUUUGGCAGAAAUUCUACUUUCCGUGGGAGACCCUUCGAUUUCGUUUCCCUGACAGUGCUGCUGUAUGUCUAACACACUCUCACACAGGGAACAUCCCCAAUGAAACGCUCUGCUUUCUCAUAUACAGACCUUCCUGCUUUCAUUUACCACAACACUGGACUCCAAGUACAAGUAUAAAUCCACAGAAACGGACCAGUGCCUCCAAGAAUCCACUUCUCUCACGCCUAGUGUUCUCUAACAUGUCUUUUCUCUUGGUUCAAACCUUCACAAACACAUUCCUCGCUUUUCCCUCUUCUGCUCAUCUACAGCUCUGUCACUGACUGAGCUACAGCAGAGAUCCUAGAGUCAGUGUGGUCAUCAGUUAGACUGCGGUUUGGGUUUAUUAUUUGACCCCACCACCACUCAGCCGGUCUAAGCCAGCUUCCUCUGUCAAGUUGUCCUUUCUGAGAAGGUAAAGUCUUCACUAAAGAGCACUUGUCCUGUUCCGACGGAGGCAUGUUAGGCAUUUAAAUGAGAACACUAGUUAGCUCUUGAAAUGGUAAUGUGUGCCUUGUGGCCAUUAUAGAGGAACAAUCCUUUCACUUUAUCACAAGGGAAGUAACCUGCUGCCAAAAUGAAGUCAUUUUAGUGUUUUAUAAAUUCUAAUGAAUCUUUUAAAACCCAAAACUAUUCAGCAUCACAUCAUCACAAUUUUCAAUGUACGAAUAAGCUUUGAGAAAAAGGUUCUGUUGCCAUUGUAAAUCUGCUAAUGCCUGCAGAUACAAACUGACACUCAGCUGUGUGCACACCUUUAUCUUUCCCCAGCGGGUCUUUUCAGAUGUAGAGGAGUAAGAUUAUUGAGUUCAGGGAGAGCGAGCUUUCAUGAUUGAUUUUCUUCGAUCCCACCGGGGGAUUAACUUGGUCGCCUUCCAUUCAGAAAGGACUGGCACCAGCAGUGUGAGUGGGAAAUGUGUGGGGGCCACUUGUGUAUUUUUAAACGAGUGUCUUCUGUCACGUAGAAGGGGGGGGGAAGGCUCAUUAGUGUAUUUACAGUUUUAUUACAGAGGCAGCUCAUAUCGAUUAUUCUCCUGUACAGACCAGUGGCUUAAGUGAGUGUGCGUAAAAAGUGUGUGGGUGGUUCCAGGAUUUCUGUUGCUGUUGACUUGAUGUGGUGCAACAGUUCCUGUGUCCUUGCCAUAUGACCCUAUUUGAAGUUGCAGUGCAGGGUGAGAUGCCUCCUCCUCUCAUUAAAUGUUCAGGACAUUUUGAGGGAUCCCCCUUUAUCCCCUCAUUUCCAAGCGGCAUCGGGUUUCUGUGUUCCCCAGGGGAGGCUCUUAUACGGGAGGAAAACAAAAAAAAAAUAGCAAUUGAGAAGGCAGUGAUGGGGAGAUGAAGACAAGAGGGAGCAUUUUACUCCCCUCCCCCUUCCUGUGCUUCAUCAACCCCUUUGAUCCACCUCUAUUCUCUGUGCUUCAGUGUCGGACGUCACACAGAAGAAGACCAAUCGCAGCGUUUGGACUUCCCCUUUUUUCCUUCCCGAGCUCCACCCCCUCCGGUCCUUUAUAUAUCCCCCAUCACUACAUUCAGCAGAGUGUACAAUGUGCUGCCAGAGAGCCAGCAGGCAGCGUACAGAGAAACAGCCAGAGAGGGAGGGAGAGAAGGGGAAAGUGCCAGACUGCAAACGUGAUCCGAGAGGCCAACGCUGCGGCCGGGUCUCCGGAUCCACCAGCCCACACCAUCGAGAUGGGCUGCACAACGGGCCACCUGGCAUGCCAACCUCAGCCCCAGACCGGCUCGGGGCAGGACAGUCAGGCCCUGGAGGGCGGGGGGGCCAAAGUCCCGGACGUGCUGUCCUCCCUGGAGCGUCUGUCCCAGGCCACUGGAGGCAUGGAGAAGUCCUGGUACCGCUGCAUCUUUCCCUUUGGAAUCAUCUCCCUAGUGAUCGGUGUGGCAGGAACGGGGGUGACUUACACCUACAAUGACCUGCCUCAGACCAAAGUGGUGUCUGUGGUGCUACUUGUCAUGGGUAUUCUGUUGCUGCUGAUGGCCACUGCCUGUUGGACUGCCCAUAACAAAAAGAGGAGGAAAAAGAAAGAAGGAGGGUCAUUCACCUCUGAGCAGUGUCCCCUGUGAAGCACAUGGGGAAAACAGUUAUAGGAGCUCGAAAGCAGAGACAUACCCAAGGCUGGGAGCUCAUGGGUUGGCUUGAGAAGCAGCCACUUCACCUCCACCCUGUCACAAAUCCCCUCUAUUCCUUUUUACAGAGUUUGGCUCAGCUCAUACUGGAGAGAAGUUGGACUGAGAAAUCAUACAACGUGGAAGGACAGAUAGACAGGGCGCUGAGGAUCUGUUUAGUCUGUACGGUUUGGACCAUUCUGGCUCGGCAAUGAGGGAUCACCAAUGCCUCACACGCUCUUUUACAAUCAGACAGCAGGUGUCCAGUGUCAAAACAACCUCAGAGGAGACACACACAAAUAUGCAGUGCACACUGCGUGCAUAUUUACACGCACAGAUACAUGGCCCUUGCGAUCCUUACUCACAUAUGCGGCAGCAGUCACAGUGGGAGCUCGCACCGACACCCAACACGCUAUGCAGAGCUGCUGCCGGAGUCAGUGCUGGCGUCACUAGGCACGUCAGUCGCAACAUUCCUCCGGCGAGGACAGGUGACUCUCCAAGAGGCCAGAAGUGGGCCAAAGACAGCAACUUGAUACCCAGCCGAAAGAGCAGCGCACCCGCGUCAGGGGCCAGCGUCAUUCACUCGUCCUGUGACACCGCAGCAAUGUGUUGGGGGCUUUUUUUACGCAAUGGGAGAGUGGAACUUGAGUCCAGCAGGAUCUUGCUGGCAUCUGCGUGGACGAUAAGCUGGAGAGGCCGGAGGAUCUACUGGGGAAGUGGAGUCUGUGCUCAAGUAAAGAUUCUGUUGAAACUGAAAGAAAGUUGGACCUCAAACCUCACUGCGAAGGAAACAAAUACAUUUGAACAAUAAUGGCCACGUCCAUGCCAAGCAAGAGAAACUUUUAUUAAAGCAGCAUACUCUGAAAGGCCUUUUGUAGCUUCAGCUCCACAUGUGUGUGUGGCACUGAGUGACUGUUUGCCCUCCUGCCAGGCUCGUGUCUAUGUGGGGCACCCCAACUCCACAUAGGGCAGACAAGGAUUAUUGAAGGACACUGCUUGAGGGGACAUGCCACUAUAGGGACACUUUGACUGAUCCUGCUCCCAUAUGGCCCCUCCCGCUCAGUGCCUUGAGCAAGCACUCAUGGAAAAAGGCUCUGUCGCAUUUCCCUUUUUCCAUCUGAACUCCUGAGAAUUUCCCCCCCCCUGUCUCUCUGUACCCAAACAGCACUCUCUCCAUCCAUCUCCUUUACUCCAUCCCCGAUUACUUUUUUAAUCUAUCUCCUGUCUCCAUCACGAUAUAGCCCAGGAGAAAAUGUCUAUAGCCUUUUGACACAGAAAUGAUGACACACACACACACACUUGUAAGCCCCACUGUUAUUCUUUUGGGGGGGGGGGUUCUCUCUGCGCCAAAGAAAAUUGAUCAUAAUUGAUUGAGUCAGCUGCAAAUCCCUUUGUUAGUCUAAAAAUAUGGUACAAGCCUUUUCUCCUUUGAAUACGGAUUCCCGUUUGUGCGCUCAGAGACUCUGGGGGUUUCCCUUUCCUACCCUUUUUCUCUCAGAGAGAGGCGGUGAAUGUAGCCGGGCUCGGCUCCCCAUCUGUGAAUAGGUGCUCUCUGUUUACGUGCGGUCUCACAGGAUGAGACACACAAUGGUAUUUUAUCCCUGUCGUAAACCUGCUGGUUUCUGUCAGUGAAUGUAAUGUGUGAUUUAAACGCAAAUCACGGAAGGAGACGGUGCGAUGUGCAGAAUGUAUUGAGUCUGAGAGGAGUCAGUGCCGGUAGUCUCCAUGUGAACGACUGUACUCACACUCUUGAGAAUAAUGAUCGAUCAGCUGUUUCAUUGAUUCUGACCUCCCGACUGGUGGCGCUUAUUGUGUAACGUGUGUCUAUGCAUUCAGUGUUAGCAGUUAACACACAAUGCCAAAGACUGUCACGAAGGCCAGCUUGGCAAUUGUAAGGCUGCAAUUGCCUGCCUGCUUCAAUAGACAUGCAGUGGAGCAGUCCACUUUCACACCUUUUUUUAGAGUGCACUUAUGACCUGCUGUAUACUUAUCAUCAGCCAUUCUCUGUAGAGUCAAUGGGGAGAAGGAAAAAAAUAAUGAGGUGGUUAUGUAGAGGCAGACCCGGGAGCUUGUUCUUUUUACUAAUAUCUAGGAGAAGGGAGUCGACCCUGUCGUUAACUUGGGGUCAAUCAUCCUGAACAGAGCAGUUUCAUGUGAAAAUGCUGGAUGUUCACACAUUAGGCCUUAGGGAGCCUUUUUUCUAUCGGAUCAAAAAAUACAUAACAUAGAUUGGCCUGUAUUCGCAAGCACUUUUCUUCAAGGUAGACGACAAAGGAAAUGCUUAUAAAGAGUAUACAUAUCAGUUCGGUUUUUCAAGCUCGGUGUGGUGAGAUCCUCUGAACAGUGAGACAGACAGAAGCCCCAUACAUUAAAUUAGAUUAUCACAAUGACUGCGUCACUGGGUCACUUCUCUAUCUCCCAGCCUCCCUGUCUGUUUCCGCUCACUCCAGACCGAGGGAUCACCACGCUCCACAAUGUUUAAGUUCAAUUAUUAACAAGAUCAAUAAUGUGCAGUGUUUAAGAAGCUCGACAGAAGAGCUGUGGAUGUGACUGCUCCUCUGUCUUUAGGUAGUAUUGCCUCUGUUAAAGCUGAUUAGCCCAGUGCUUGGUGUGUUUUUUUUUCUUUUCUCGAGAUGUAUUGCAGCCCAGUGAUCCAACGGCCGAGAGAACAAACGAGACAAGGAAGACACACACACACACACACUUUUGCUUGGGCUCGUGUAUCAAUGCAAUUGUCACAUGUAUAAGUACACAUGUAGUACACUGUGUUUGCAUUAUUGUACCUGCUAUUUUUUGUGUGCCAAUGUUUCAUCACAAAAAAUGUAUGGCACGUGACCAGAUCUUUUUUUCUGUCUGUUUAGAGAUGUGAAGUGAUUUCCCUUCUGCCUUCUGAAAAAUAUAAAAGGGAAAAUCUACCUCUGUGCUGCGGGGGAAACACAGUAUGUCCCUCACCCAGUAGACAGCCAUGUUGUCUUGCCUUUAUGCCGUUCGUCACUCUAGUGGGUGACACACGAAACACGUCCGUUUGUGCGCCCUCUAAUAUUUGGUGCUGUAUAUAUGACUAUUUUAUAUUUGUACCGUAAUAUUUCUACUCACAUGUACAUUUUAACUGUUGUAUUAAAUAAAUGUUACGUGAA